AUGGCCACCAGCUUCAGGCCUCUAUUUCUGCUCUUAACUUUCACAGCUUGUGUUUUGCUCUGUUCUGCAAGUUCUGCAGGUUUAGUUUCUGGAAUCUUAAGCGUAGGAGUUGGGAUCAAUUAUGGCCAAAUAGCCAACGAUCUCCCAUCGCCUUCCCGCGUUGCGGUGCUCCUGAAAUCCCUAAAUAUCACUAGGGUUAAGCUCUACGACGCAGAUCCUAAUGUUCUUUCCGCGUUUUCGAAUUCGGAGGUGGAAUUCGUGAUCGGAUUGGGGAACGAGUUUCUGGAGAAGAUGAUCGAUCCUGCACAGACGAAGGCAUGGAUUCAGCAGCACUUCCAGCCCUACCAUGGCGGAACCAAAAUCACCUGUAUAACCGUAGGAAACGAGGUCUUAACCGGGAACGAUACUCAGAUGAUGAAUUUCCUUCUCCCGGCAAUGCAGUCAGUUCACGCCGCUCUCGUCGAUCUCGGUCUGAGCAACGCCGUGACUGUCACGACGGCGCACGCCUUCUCGGUCCUGACCACCUCGUUUCCGCCUUCCUCCGGCGCGUUCCGGCCGGACCUCGCCGACUAUAUCCGCCCCAUUCUCAGCUUCCUUGCUCAGACCAAGGCGCCGUUCCUCGUAAAUGCGUAUCCUUACUUUGCAUACAAAAGCAAUCCCGGUGAGGUAUCGUUGGAGUAUGUACUCUUCCAGCCUAAUCCCGGGAGUAUUGAUCCAAUCACGAACUUGAAAUACGACAAUAUGCUGUACGGACAGAUUGAUGCUGUAUAUUCUGCAAUGAAGGCAAUGGGGCACGCCGACGUAGAAGUGAAGAUUUCCGAGACCGGGUGGCCGUCGAAGGGAGACUCCGACGAGGUGGGAGCGACGCCGGAGAAUGCAGCACUGUAUAAUGGGAAUUUGUUGCAGCGUAUUGCGGCCGGAGAAGGUACUCCGGCAAGGCCUUCUGUGCCGGUUGACAUAUAUGUUUUCGCACUGUUUAAUGAGAAUUUGAAACCUGGUCCGACGUCGGAGAGGAAUUAUGGGCUGUACUAUCCUGAUGGUGCUCCGGUUUACAACGUUGGUCGCUUUGGAGCCCAGGGAUAUCUUCCUGAAAUGGAUUAUUCCGCUUCCAAUCCCAGGGCACUACCCAUUUCCGCUUUUCUUCUGGUUUUCAUGGUAUGUGUGAUGCAUGUCUGGAAAGCUUGAAAACAGCCCUGGCCUGAAGACAAAACUCACCCUCUUCCCCCAAGUUUGAAGGACAAAAGCGGUAAAAACUAUCGAGAUUGAUGUGUAAUUCUUAAAAGGGUUGAAAACAGAACUAUAUGUACAUAAAAUAUGAGGUCCACACUUUCUAUAUUUGUUAGAUCAUAGAUGUAUGGUACUUUCCUCCCAUUUGUUCAAGCUACUGGUUAUAUAUUUCAUUUAUUAAUUAUUAUUUUCUUAGUACUCUCA